AGUCAGAGAUAUUGAAUCGAAGAACACACUGUUACAGCACUUCAUUUCGAAAGAGUCAGUGUUGUCUUCUGCAACAAUGUUGAAUACGACAAAAAACUUUCGACGAGGCCUAGCAUUAGCUAUGAAUAUGCAAUCUAAUCGGCGUUUGGGAAGAUUCAUCAAACCUUCUCAAGAAUUGUGGAAAGAGACAAACUUGUCCAUUUGUAAUGGACGUGGAAGAAUAAUUCCCUUUGCCCAGUUAAGCCAAGAGGUGUCGAAACAGCCACUGCGUUUGAAAAAGAUGCCAACGGAUUACCCAUUGUUGACUGGUUCAGAUCAUUGGAAAAGGAAGGCUCGAACGAUUUUCAAGGCCGUUGAUACCAAAGGUCAGGGAUACAUCACUAAAGAGUCCAUGGAGCUCACUGCUAAGCGUGCUGCCCAGUACUUGGAAUUGAAUGAUGAACAAACGGAGUAUUAUGUGAAUCUUCGACUCGACAUUUGGAGAAGUGUCAUAAAUAGAGGUUCAGAUGACGACAAUGCCCAAAUUUCGGAGGAAGAAUUUCUUAAGAAUCAUAUGCUCAUGUUUAACGACAGCAAAAAUCGAGCACAUUUAGCCGAUUCCUUUGUCAUUGAGUUCAUUGCCAUAGAUGCCGAUGGCGACGGAUAUAUUUCGCCCAGAGAGCACGCCGCUUAUUUCUACGGGAUUGGUAUUCCCACGGAGUACUCUAGGCGUAUAUUUGAUAUCAUGGACACAAAUAAAGAUGGCCUCAUCUCCAAGGAAGAGUUCACGCAGGCUCAAAUGGAAUUUUGGCUUGGCGAAGAGGAAAACAAUAUUUAUAAUGAAUUUCACGGUCCUCUUGUUGAUUGAAUGCAACAUACCCCAGUAUAAUUCACUUAACUAGUAUUUGGUUAGUGAAAUAAGGAUGGCAUAACACGGUUAAUAGCGCGGCUGUAAAAAAUGAGACAAAAUGCUAAUCAUCAAUAAUAUCGUAAAAACGCGAAUCUUAUAUUGUGACACAGGUGCUUUCCUAGUAUAUUAACAGAGUGAUCCAGAGAAGUGCAAAAAAAAAAAA